AGAAGACUAAUUUGCUUUUAAAACGAGAAGAAAUCAAGGAUUGUUUUUACGACAUUCAUAAACUGUAGGGCGGCAUUUUCAAGUAAACAGAAGAACGUUGACUCAAGUCUCACCCCUUUAUAUAAAACAGAAAGACAAAAAUGGCAGAAGUUGACAAUUCUAAAAACAUUACAAUGCUACAAGAGGAACUGAUAUGUCCUAUAUGUUUGGAUUUGUUUGAAAGACCUAUCUCGUUGCCGUGCCUACACAGCUUCUGUUUUAAAUGUAUUGAACAGAAAACAGCACGGGAUGCUACACAGCAGGUCUUUCCAAGAGGCUAUGUCAUUUGUACCUGUCCAACUUGUCGCAAGAGAAAUAUGACACCUAAUGUUGAAAACUUGCCAAAAAAUUUCAGCUUGGCUAAUAUAGUUGAAAAGUUUAAACAAGUGAUGGGAUUGAAAAAAGUCAUGUGUACCAUUCAUAAUCAAGAUGUAGGUCUGUUUUGUGAGGACUGUUUGUCACUAAUGUGUUUUACUUGUUUUGGAGACCACAAAGGACAUAAGAUAGAUGAUGUAAAGAAAGUCUGUGAAAGAUACAAGAGUAAAAUGGAGUUGACUUUAUUACCAGGACUGCAUAUGAAACAAAGACAGUUGGAAGGUGCUGUUGAACAUUGGAAUGGAAUUAUGCAUACUGAACAGGCAGGUAGAACACUGAGAAAUGAUCAUAUUUCUAAAGAGAUAAAAUUACUGAAAAACAUGUUGAAUGAGUAUAUGGUAGACAGAAUAAGUGGGAUGAUUGCCUACAAUUGUAAAAUGACCAAUCAGCUGAUCACACAAUGUGAAAAUAAAAAGAAAAUAGUGGAGAAAGAUCUUAUAAAUGUGAAGAAGCUGAUCUCUGAUAUUAUAUCAGACACUGAUCCUGCUAGGACAUUAUUGACAUUUACAGAAAUAACCAAAAGGGGAGACCAUGAUAUAGAAAAACUGUCAGAUUAUGCAAUGGACCUCCCAAAGAAGGCAAUUAACAUGACAUUGGAUCCUAUAUGGAGGAAAAAAUUAGAAGAAUUCAGUAACAGUAUUAAAAUGACAAUAUCUGGUGUUGAGGAAGAUAAUAUAGAGCUACCAGUGGAAAUUUUAGAUGAGAAAAAGAUAUUUAGUCUGAAUAAUUUACCCUACAGCAUCAAAAUAACUGAAAUGGAGGAGCAGAUUAAAGCACUAAUUCCUUUGAAGAACGUUAUGUCACUGGACUGUAUGUUUGAUAGACAGAAGGUCAUGGUUCACUUUAGCACAUUAAAUGUAGAGUUCUUAAACCUCCACAAGGAUACAACUCCUGAAACAGUGUUUGCCUGGGAAAUAAAAUUACAACGUGAAAUUCAACCUGUCAAGUCAUCAUCUAAAGUAACUGAGGAAGGGAUAGAAAUUAAUUUGAUUAAAGCAAAAAAAGAACAGUGGGAGAUUCUUGAAAGGGCAGCAAGCCCAAUUAUCUCAGAGAGCAGUGAAUUAGCACAGAAUGAUUCAACUUCUGUUGAGAAUACUACUCAGUCAUCACAACCAUGUCAGUCUCCAAAACCAUCCACUAGUUAUGUAUCAUGUGUCACAGCAGGUUCAAAGAAAAGACCUUCAAUGGAUGGAAAUGAUUGUCACUCAAACACUAGUUCAGGAAGAAAGAAAAGAAAGAGUUUACAAAACUCGGAUGAACAAGUUGAAGACUUGUUAAAAGAAAUGGUAGACACAAAAGAAAUACUAAAUUUCAUAAACACAAAGAUUCUGAUAACAUACCCAGAGUGUGAUGUGGCAAACAAAACACAAUUGAUUAAGGAAACUUUACAAAAGCUAUGGACAUGACAGACAGAUUUUUAAAAUCUUGAAUUGAUUGAUCACCAAGCAUUUGGCCACAGUAAAACAACUUGCACUAGAAUGAGGACCUGUUAUACAUAAAUUAAAGAAUUUGAUUGAAUGUUAUAAAGGACAUGCAAGUUUAAGACAAGUUGUUCUAAACAGCAGGCACUGUUUACAUUUAUUUAUUUCAUGUUAUUAACUGGUAUUAUCUAUUGUUCAGUUCAGUUAUUAUUAAAGACCAAUAUUUUAAUGUUA